AAUUUUCACAUUUAUUCCCCCCUCUUCAAAAAAUUCCUUUUGUUUUUUUCAACUCUUUCAUUUCAUAAUUUUGUUCUUUCACAGGCUUACCAUAUGGCCAACAAUCACUACCACCAACAAUCAUCACCUCCUUUAAAUAACAACUCUAAAGACUCAAAUCCCGUCAAAAUCGAUGGGGAUUUGUCCAAUUCUUCAGAAAAUGUCAAAAUGUCGAAUUUUCAAAAUGUCAAUGUCGGAAUGUCAAAUCCUCAAAAUGCCCACAUUUCCACUCUAAAUAAUUCAAUAAACCCCCCAAAACCAAUGGGGGAUGUCCAAAAUUUUGGUCCCCCAAAUAUUCUCCAAAUGGCAAUUAAUAGGCCUGAAAUAUUCGCACAAUUGUUGGGGUCGACAACUUCUGGAAACUUUCCUUCAUUUAAUGGAGGAAGACCUCCUCAUCCUCCUCUAUGGCCUCUCCACACCCCUCUCCGUUUUUCUCCUUUUGAUUUUGCUUCUAGAGAAAUAUUUGGAACAACAGCAAUACCUUCAAUAAAUCACCCACCCUUUCCAAUAACCAAAAUAGAUGAUGGAAUUAAAGAUAACCCUGUUGUUCAAUUAGAAGAUAAAGAUUUAUGGGAAAAAUUUAAUCCUUUGGUUAAUGAAAUGAUUAUUACAAAGAGUGGAAGGUAAAAACAAGUUCUUAAUUGGUUUGUUUUGGGGGAAAUGUGUUUCAGAAAAAGUUUAAUUAAAAAUGUUUUUCUGGUCAAGUUUUGUAUUUUAUGUUUGAAUUCAAGUUUUAUUGAUAUUCUGAUUUUAAUUUAAUGUGUUUUGGAAAGUUUAAUUCUGGUUUUGUUUUUAUUAAAUAUUCUGAUUUGUGUUUCAUGUUUAUUUAGUGUUCUGAUAUAUGUGUUUUUGUAUUUUGUUUGAAAUCAGAACAUUAAAUAAACAAAAAAUACAUCAGAAUAUUUAAUAAAAUUAAAUCAGAAUUAAACCUUCCCAAAACAUUGUAUUUUAUUCUGAAUGUAUUUUCUGGUUCAGUUUGUGUUUUUAAUUUUUCAGAAUUUAUUUCCAAGUUUCAGAAAAAGUUGAAGACUUUAAUUUCUCUAGCAAACAGGCGGUCUCUCUCUCACCCUAGCAGUCUCUC